AAAUAGGGCUCCGCAGGGUUGCCUCCGUUCCAUUAUCACCCGCCCUCAACCUUUCACGCAGUAGUGCCACGUACCUCUAAUCAAGUGUCAAUCACUUUGCUCUCUUCAUCAUGUCUGGAAAAUCUGGAAAAUCAAAGUCUGGCAAGGCCUCCAGCGGCGACGCCAAGGUGCAGACGCGUUCGUCUAGGGCUGGUCUUCAGUUCCCUGUCGGACGUAUUCAUCGUUUGUUGAGGAAGGGCAACUAUGCUCAACGUGUGGGUGCUGGGGCUCCUGUGUACCUCGCUGCCGUCCUUGAAUAUCUUGCAGCCGAAAUUCUCGAGUUGGCUGGAAAUGCCGCUCGUGAUAACAAAAAGGCCCGAAUCGUGCCCAGGCAUUUGCAGCUUGCUAUCCGCAACGAUGAGGAACUGGGAAAACUCCUUGGUGAUGUCAUAAUAUCCCAGGGUGGCGUUGUCCCUCACAUCGAGGCAUCGCUACUACCUGUCAAGUCCAACAAAUCCAACACAAGUCAAGAGGUUUAGAUUUGAGUCAGGUUUAUGUUAUCUGUACUUGUAUUAGUAUUGUUCUCUAGGUUAUUUGUAUCAUGAUGUAUCUUAUCUCCCAUUACUUUAUCUAUAGAUCCGGGCGACUGGAACUUUCUGCAAAA